AUGGACGCUGACAUCGCCAUCAUCACACCAACUCCAACAGGCCAGGGGAAGCGUACGCGCUGGAUCCCGGCGGACUCCAGAAUGGUGACCCUGCACCCAAUGAAACGAAUAAUCCCGAAUCGUGUGACUGGUGGUUUCCACUACGCGGACGAGGAGGCAGCCGCCGGCGAGAAGAUGGCUGAUGGUGCUUCUGAGUACGCGGGCGUAACACGCGUCCAGGACGAUACCGAGGAGAACCCGCUCAGCGAUAACAACCAGGAUGAGAGCGACGACGACGACGAUUCCGACUCUGGUGCAUGUCGUGCACAGUCUCUCGAGGCCACGGAGCCCUAUAGGACUGUCGCUUCCAUUGGCAACUCAACGGAGGCGACCGCCAUCUUUUCCUCUCAAGCCACAGUCAGGGUAGAUUCUGUCGUUCGAACGCCCGGCAGGCCUCAGCUUCCGAGGCCCACGGCGCGCACAUCAUGCAAGCCUGAGUCCCAUGUCGACGACAAAGCGAUGGACACCGAGACGGAGACCAACUCUCAAGCCGACGACGAGGAGAUAUAUGACUGCACAACGACCGGCGACGAAGACGAGUAUAUGGACGACUACACUGGGUCUGAUGACGACGACGGCGACGAGAUGGACCAACGUUCGGAGGCUGACACCGAGAUGGCAGACGACCGGACGGAGAUUGCUUCGCAGCCUUCUCAGGCAAGCAUCAUAGAUGCUUCCCCAGCUGGACAGCCCCACGGUCCCGGCGAGUUGGGCCCCAGGCAACACAAACGGCAGCCCAUGUCGGCGCGUGAGCGUUGUAACGCGGAGGACGGGGUCAUCAUGAAAAUUUGCAACCCCACCAAAGAGCUUCGAAAGAUACUAUGGAGGAGUAUUCCAGGGGUGCCAGAGCAAUACAUGCCAUUCCCGGAGGACCACCCGCCUCCUGAGGUGGCGCACCCUCCGGUUCGCGCAACAGAGUAUCGCGACAAGAAUGACACAGUCUGCAUCGACAUCUUCGAGACGUCUCCCGAGAUCCGAAACAAGAUCCGCGAGCACUUAAUGGCAGAAAUUUGGCCGCAGAAUGACGAUAAUGCCGAAGACCGAGACAAGGAGAACUUAGAGCCGCCGCCGACACAUCGUCGCAGGUCGAGUUAG